AUGCAGAACAUGGACGACAGCAACUGGCAGAAUUCCAAGGGACAGGGGGUGGGUGGCGUGUACGACCAGACCAGGCAGGCAGGCCAGGAGACUAUGGGCGGCGGACAUGGGUCUGGCGUCGCUGGCGGCCCCAAAGGCUCCGAACAAAAGCAGUCCACUCAGAGCUCGGGCCAGAAGAAUUGGCCGGAGCAUGGAACUGAGGCCGUUGGCCAGAAGGCCGGCAUGAACAUGAGUGACCAAAAUGCAGCGAGUGCUUCUACUUUUAUCGACGAGGAGACACCGGAGUAUUGUGAAGGCCAUGGCCUUCCUGGCGUGUGA